AUGGUAGACAGCGGAAUCCAGGACAACAGUGGCACUGUGGACGGGCAGGUCCUAGAGACAAACGACAUGAAGACCAACGUGGAGAUCAACAUCCGCGGAAAGUACAAGUUUGAGGGGCGAUCCAUCAUGAACCCAGAGACAAUUCGCAUGAUUGGUUCCUUCAUUCCCAUCUGGACUCGGGAGUAUAACAAGAAGGACAAGAGAUACGAGGACAAGUUCCAGCCCGCUGGACUCAUCGACUUGUUCUUGGUCUGCAAACUCUGGCACUAUGCCCUCGUCCCCAUCUUGUGGGAGUGCUACGACUACCACCUAAUGGCCGGCGUCCCCAUGAGCCAGCUCAAAGCCAACGUCCACCACAUCCGUUACAUAUCGCUACUUGGUAGGGAGCAUCGCAAGAACGAGAAAAUGUGGGAGGCUCUUGAGGGGAUUCGGGGCAAGAACAUCGAUCGGCUGGAACUCCACGACCCAACCUACCCUGUCAUGCGACUCCUACCUCCUAUUCGUGAAGCCCAUGAUCCGGAGGCCAUCGGGGCCUUCACCCCACGCCCUCCACCCCCACCUCGGAUUGAGCCUGUUAUCCCAUCCUCACGUGCAGCUCGCCGAAUUGCUGCAGCUAACCCUGCUCCGACUACACAGACCGCUCGCCCAGCGGAUAUCGAGGGCGCUCUCUUGCAAGCCCGCGCAAGGGCCAUGGCUCAUGGGAGAGCGGACAACCAGGAUCUGACCCUCAAGGUGCUGCUGUCACUCCUACCUCCUAUGCAGGAGUCGGAAUUCUCGCAGCCUUCUAGCUCUACAGCACCUACUACAACAACACCUGUCGUUCAGCAUCAACCAGCAGGCGCAGUACGAUUGCCCGCACGUCCAGCACAAGUAUCCAGGAACCGCAGUGGCAACGUUGUCAUCACUUCAUCCCACCCGUAUCCUGCCCCAGAGCCAGCCCCACCUCUGUUCCGUGUCUGUGUUAAUUUGACCGAGUUUUGGGUCUGUGGUGUCAUGGACAAGGUCCACCUCACUCUCCGGAGUUUCAUUGAGCGGCAGGAGCAACUUCGAACAUUGGAGAUUGAGCGGUAUAUGGUGACGACACUGCAUUGGGUACAGAUUCUCAAGGACAAGCCUGACUUGAGACGACUCGUUCUUCGACACCAGACGAUGCUCCCAGGAUUCGACGGAGAGCAUCUGUUGACUUUGCCGAUUACCCGCUUGGAAGUCAGGACAGACCGAAUCGACUUGAACGCCUAUAAAACUAUGCUGCGGGAUUGCCCUGAGCUGAUCCAUCUGUCGGUGCUUCGUCCCCAAGUCUUUAACAUUGUGGCCAUCGAGAAUAGGACCAACAAGGGCAAAAAAGGAAAGGGCAAGAAAUGUACCAACAACCCUCACAACGAAGGCAUAUUCCGUGUUGCAGCCAAGGGCACGGAGAAGUGCAAGGACGUGGACAAGGAUGAUGGUAGAGAAGACGAGGAGGACGAAGACGAGAAAGAAAAGGAUAUCAACAUUAUCAAUGCAGAGGGGUUUGCAGUCCUCCUGAAGCAGCACGGGAAGAACCUCAAGUCGUUCGAAGUCUCCAGCAACAUGCCGCGGUGGACUUCCAUCUUGAUCGCCAGUCUUCCAAAGUCCCUCGAGACGCUUGUUGUUCACUCGAACCAGCUGGAGAACAGGAUGGUCAAGGCUAUUAUUUCACGUCGAUCCAAUUUGACGACCUUGGUUCUCGAUCUCGGUUCAGGACUCAGUAGGAAAGGUCGCCUCAAUGGUGUCCGCAGAGUUGUUCGAGACUGUCAUGCUCUGCAGCACCUGGAAGUUCACGAUCACAACGACGACAACCUGCUUCGACGCCUCCUCUUUCGCAGGUCAUGGGAAACGUUCAACAUUGAGACGGUCGCUUUUCAUGGAGUACGUGGUCGGGAGAGGCCGAUUAUGAUGCAGGUUAUGCCUCCUGCGGUCAGCGAUGCUGGUUGGAACAAGGUCUUUAUCGGUAAGAAGUACCAGUGCUGUGACACUAGGGAUCAGGAUGCACCACGUCCUACGCGUCGUCGUCGUAAUGGUGAGGAUGUUGAGCCAGAGCCGGUGGAGGAAGCGGUCGUUGCGCCACCUGUUCAGGCACCUGGUCAGUCACCUCACCGACCCACUAAACCUCGUUACCCAUUGGUUGACCUCAGGACGCUGGAGCGCCUUCAGCAAUUCCCGCGACUGCAUGAGGUUAUCAUCACCGACACGCGCUACCGUCGCGUCGUUGAAUCGUCUUGA